AUGGCACGGAUUAGGACAGUUCCAAUUCCAGAUCUUGAAGACGGGGCCUGGGGAAACGUCCAAGUUACCCAGGAGAUCUCUCGAAAGAACGUUCGCCUAUUUCGACAGGAGCGGGACGAAUGGAUCAUCAUAACAAACGACUACAAAUUCAAUGCUAGUGAAUUGAAGACAGGUCUGAACCUCGGAAUAGACGCUCGAGACACAAGGAGACCAUCUGGCUGGGACGGGCGGGCCGAAGUACAUUUUCACGUGCAAAAUGAGCUAGAAUUCCAGGUUGAUGAUGUCUAUCUCCGCGUUGCCCCUAUUCUCACGUUCCAUCAUCUCAUGGACGUUUCGGAAGUGCUCACUACAAACGUCAAUGGCUCCGAGAUACAGACACAAUUCGUGUCCGACUUACAAGACAUACUAAAUGAUGCAACCCUCAAAAAGCCUCUGUGGCUAUUCAACCACUCAGACGAUGUCUGGGCUCAAGAUUUCGUUGAACCUGCGUAUACUAGUAUGCCCGGUCCAGAGGGCCCAAUCACCCUCGAAGUAAUGAUCCGUUCGUCUCAGGGGUCACGUACUGCUGGAAGACAGGUUUUUGAAUACCUCAGAAACACUGGUCGAGGCGCUGCCUACAGCACAGGAGGGACCAGAGGUGAGAUUAACUCGAUGGGAAAUCUUGAAACAAUCCCUCCAUAUUCAUUCAAAGACAAAUCCUUUCCGGCUGGACGCAUUAUCGAAGGGUCCCAUGCAGAAUCGUACCCAACAUACCCGCACGUGUACGACUACAUGAGGGCCCAAGAGUUCCAAGAUCCUCUUAUUCUGGACACGGACUGGCUGGCUGUCGGACACGUAGAUGAGAUAGUGCAGUUCCUCCCAGCAAACACCCCACAAGGCUGGGCUCUUUAUAUUGCCGAUCUUAAGGCAGGAAUCAAGAUUCUGGAAGACGCCAAAGAGGAUCACGGUGACACGCCCGCAUUUUCUCGACCGAAUAACACCUACACCUCCAAGGGUUUACGUGACGUCCCCGGCCUCACUAUCGCUGAACUACUGACAGACAAAUUAAUUAGUGAUAAUCAAGGAUUUGCUGAGAAACUCGACGUCGUCCUGAACGUGUUGAAGGCAGAAACCGGUAUUGCGCCUCAGGACAUUCACUACGUGCCAAUGGUUUUCACUACCGGCGUCUGCUGGGGGCCAGACGAAGGGGUUGCUCCGGACCGGAACUGCAGCACUAAACAUGCUGCCGCACUAUAUCCCGCAGUACUGAAUGGCGUCGUCCUGAGCAAUUCGACGUACCUAUCUCCGAAGCCUUGGGGACCGUUGAUUGAUGGCACCGACAUCAUGGAGGAGGCGACGAAUAAGGUAUAUGGAGAGAUUGGUCUUAACGUUGUGUAUAUCGACGAUUGGUACUCGCACCACGAGGGUGGUGGUGAAGUUCACUGCGGAACAAAUACGGUCCGAGUUCCCAACAAGCCAUGGUGGAAUACGGAACCACCAGCGGGCAAUGGAGAGAGGGCCGGAGGAAAUGAACUGUAG